AUGCCGCGGGAUAAUGAAAAUUCCAGCGAUCUGGUGCCGCUGUACUAUUACGAAGGGGAGUAUCUUUUUGCCCACGGUACGUCCUUUGGCGUACACCUUUUAGACAGCGAUCACUUCAAGAUUGAUCUGGUGUCGCGUUAUCGAUUUGAUCGAAUCGAGGAUUCCGACGAUCCCUUUUUUGAAGGCGUAAACGAGCGGCGCCAAUCCCUGGAUUCGGGUCUAUCGGUCACCUGGAAAACACAAUGGGGUGAGUUGUCGACGUCUGCGGUACACGAUUCGCUUGACCGUCAUGGUGGGUCUGAGGUUGAAGUGACCUAUCGAUAUCCCUGGCGUAACAACAAAUGGCUGGUGACACCUUUCAUCAGCUAUGUUUACCAGGACAGCACCCUCGCUGACUACUAUUACGGUGUGUCUGCAGAGGAGGCGAGACCUGACCGGCCAGCCUAUGAAGCGUCAAGUGCCAGGUCCGUGCGGCUCGGCGUGGGUACAACGUAUAAGGUCAACAAGCGGUUUGUCGUCUUUGCAAAUGCUGCACAUGAGACGUUGGACAGCACCGUCAAAGACAGCCCUCUGGUAGAUGAGGAUUCCCUGACGUCGGCUUACCUCGGCUUUGCGUAUCAGUUUGGUAAUACUCUCAACGAGAAUCAAUUUACCGGCGAUAAGGCGCGCUUUGGCGAGUGGUCCUGGCGAAUUAACUAUGGCUACACCGCAGAAAAAACGUUUCUCAAGCUGCACAACGGUGCCGUCGAAAAGCACGAUGAUAUUGAUACAGACCUUGCCGGUCUCACCUUCGGUAAGUUGCUUAGAGACGGCAGAAAGGUUGAAAUGUGGGGCAAGUUCUCGGUCAAUCGGCGACUUGAAAACGAUUUGCAGGAUGACUUCUGGGAAUACAAUACCUACGUGAUGGCGAUGGGUGUAACGCUGGUGCAUCGAUCCGGUAUUUUUGCCAGUUCAGACAUUCUUAACAAUGUGUCCGGUGGGUCGGACGUGCUCACUGGCCAUGUGGCCUAUCUGGGUGCGGCAAAUGCUGCCCGACACUUCCAGAAUGAUGAGCACCUGCAAACGUAUUUCGAAGAAGCUGUGGCCUACGCGAUGUUUCCCCGGGUCUAUCGCGCCGGCGCAGGUUAUGGCGCGGCGUAUGGACAUGGUUGGGUUUUCCGCAAGCAAGGUGCGCCUAUCGGCAAGACCAGAGUCUGGCAGUUCAGUGCCGGGCCGCACAUGGGUGCCCAGUUCUAUGAACAGAUUAUUUUCUUUAAAACAGAAGAGGCGUUGGCUCUUUUUCAGGCCGGCACGCUUGAAUUUGCAGGGCAGGCCAAUGCAACUGUUGGGGUGGCCAAUGUGUCAGCCACUCCGGCUUAUAACGAAGGGGUUGCGAUUUUUACUAACAUUGGUGGUGGGUUGAUGUUAGAAGGCAGUAUCGGUGGACACUUGUACAACUAUCGCGCGGUGCAGUAG